UCUUACUGAGUCGGUACCUCGCAAAGAUGCAAGCAUUCGACUCACACACCGAAAACGUGAUGAGCUGCCUAAUCGACGCUCUUGACGACCCUUACAACCCAAAGUUUUGCGCAAAGUUCUACGUCGACUGGAUACAUGCUCUCGUCGAUGCGGAUGACCGUCAUACCGAGCGCGAGCCAAAAUUACGCAAGGAUUCGCGGAAAAGGUCUCUACAUGGGCGUAGCAGCUUGCACGGCCCAUGCCAUCGUCUUCUGGAAGCUAUUUGGGCAUUUCUGACUACACCACGCACCUUCGACAGCAUACGCUUGUUGGACGAACGAAUGAAGAUCUGCCGAUGUCACGGCGGUGACCUUCCCGCUAUACUGAAGCAGGUACAUCCACCGCCAACGAGCUUGCCAUCUUUCCAGAGCGCGCUGCUCCUUCUCAUCGAGUUCGUUACCAACAUCUUGAGCCUGGCGCCGGAUGUAUACUGGAAAUCGCAGAGGCGCAAUGCUCGCGCGGCCGAGCGGGGCACUGUCGUUCGGUGGCCUCCGCAUGCUCGUACGCUGCUGGGAGAUGAUGGAGAUGCGACGUUGACGAUGAUCUGCCGGUGGAUGGCGGCCUAUCCGUCCCACAAGCAUACCUACAAGUUCUUCGACCUCCUCUCCCAAGUCUCGCGUAUAUGUGGCCGCGCCGCUGUGACCAUCAUGUUCCGCUGCACGUACCUGCCGCGGGCCUUCGCGAACGAGCUUGACCACUGGCUCUCGCUGCUGUCAAGGCGGACCGAAGCGCUCAUGCCCAUCUUCGUCAUCCUUCGCUUGUGGUAUUCAAUGACACAUAGCCACGGAGACGGGAUGACGACGGCCGCGUUCUUCGGUGACGAGGCCGAGAGGGUGCUGGGUAUCAUGGAACAUAUGGUCCGACUUGUAUCCUGGCUCAGGGGCCUGCCGCCUUCCAUAGCUUCCGGGACCGACAUCAAUGCCUGGAUAUUCUUCUGCGGGCAGGUAGGAUUUGUCCAUUCAGCACUGGACCUACCAUAUGACGAAGCGCGGUAUGAUUCGUGGACGCUGGAGCGCUCGAGGAGCGCCCGUGAUCUGCGCUCCGGCGAAAAUAUAUAUCGCGGGAUGCACUUCUAUGUGUCCGAUCAGGCGUGCUUGGAUUAUUGCGGCUACCCGCCCUGUAAUGCGACAUUUACCGGAGAGGGUCGACGCUUUCGCUACUGCGGCGCGUGCAAGAUCGUGCCGUACUGCUCGGUCGAAUGUCAACGGAAGCACUGGCGCUGGGAGAGGGAUCCACACCGGACGCUCUGCGAAGACUUCCGCUACUUGCGAAUCACGGCAGGAUUUCGCGCCUCGCCUGGACAAGGUUCUGAAGCCGUAGACUUCACUGCGGACGGUGCUCAAGCUGCAUGCGAAGAAAGAGGCUGGACCCGACCGUCGCACGGAGAGUAUGUGAACGCUACCAGGAAUACAAGCGCGUUCAGAAAGAGAUUUAUGGAGGCUCUGCGGAUGCGACUAGAUACAUAAACCUGUUGACAUGAGGAUCUCGAGAGCCUCGAUUUUACAUCUCGUGACUUAGUAUACUGCGAUAAACCCUGAUGCAUAAGCCUUGACAAACGCGCAAUAUUGGUCCGCGAGGGGUCUCGCCUG